UAAUAUGGCGUGCGCGACCUGCGCAGCUCAAAAAGAGACACCGUCUCCCAUUAGCAGAGUUACUCGGCAGGCGUUUAAAAAUGGUGCAUCUAUCGCUCCUGUCGCUGUGCUUCUGCUUUAUUGUAGCGGCCGUCAUCGCUGCUCCAAUGGGCGUUACUCACCGAUCGGACGGGUCGGUGUUGGUCGGCGACAUGCUCUACUCCGCGGACCAGUGGCAAAGUUUGCUUGCUAAAAACUUGGAUUCCAUAGCCAAACUUUGGCCGAAAGUGAACGGAGUUGUAAAAAUUCCCUACAAGAUAGCAAAUCCGAAUUUAAACGUAACUCUGCUGAAAUUGGCGUUCCGAUCCUGGGAGGCUAAUUCGUGCUUAGAGUUCCCAGAGAUGACUGCAUCAGACACCGAGUAUCUGAAGAUCACGAUACAGAGCGGCUGUUUCUCCGACGUGGGGUACACACACGGCAAGGUCACAACAGUCAGCAUUUUUGGCGAUGCUUGUCACCUCAGGGGAGUCAUCCACGAGUUGGGCCACGCGAUGGGGUUACAGCACGAGCACUCCCGCAGCGACAGGGACAACAGCAUCAUCGUGGUCAGGAGCAACGUCAUACCCGGCUUGGAAUAUAAUUUCAUUAAACUCAAUACCGUCAACUUUGACGUUCCUUACGACUACUAUUCAGUCAUGCAUUAUCAUGACCGGGCCGCGGGAAAGAACAACAAGCGCGUGAUUCUCGCUAAAGACGCCCGUUUCCAAGAAAUCAUGGGGAAUGCUCCUGGAAUUUCCUUCAUGAACAUGAAGCUCGUGAACACCAUGUACGGCUGCAUAGCUGACUGGUUGGAGGCCUGCGACCGGUCACCUGACCCCUGCAAGAACGGCGGCUACACCAAGAAGGACUGCAGUUGUGCUUGUCCUUGGGGCACAAUUGGUGCAAACUGUGAGACAUUCAUCAUGAGCUACAACGAUGUCAUUGUAAGGAAGGUCUCCCCAUAUAGCCGAUUAAUUACUCCAGGGGAAGAAGUCAUCUCUCCUGGAUACCCAACAAAUGGUCCACGGGAAGGUAUACAGUACACGCAAGUGAUGCGUGCUCCCGAAGGCCAGAGAGCAGUGGUCAAGUUCGAAGACUUCCAGAUCUUGCCGCGUUUCAACAAGACUUGCAGUUACAGCUCCUUGGAGAUACGUUCUGACGUCUCCGUGGAGGAGGGGGCCAUAUUCUGUGGUGAAGAAAUUUCGAAAGGAACAGUUUUUAAGAGUAAAAAGUCGGAGCUUAUCUUCCACUACAAGAACUACAACUACGCAAUGUUUGGUCAAAAAAACUGGAGUCGUGGGUACAAGGCCGUUUUCACAACUGAGAUCAUUUCCAACUGAAGGUAGUCUCGAGGUGAUGCGGACUUAUCUGAUGCUUCUGGUGCGGGUCAUGGACGACGGCAUAUGCAUAAACAAACCAUAUAUAAAAAGCUGCUUUCAGUAAUUUGUUGAUUUUGAGUGAAAAACUAUCCGAGUUUGAAACUGUUAUACUUUGUUUAUUAUGUAUUGAUUUUGCGAGAAAAGCAUUUAUUUAUAAUUUAACAAUGUGUGGUGAAUAAAUAUAUUUGUGCUUGCCUUGCAGUAAUC